AUAAAAAGAUUUUUAGCAAAUAUAUAUUUUGAUUGAUAUAUUUUUAUUAAUUUCAUAAUAUUAUAAUAAAUUAUGUGAUACACUCCAAAAUAAUGAUUAAAAAAAAAUAAUAACAUCAAAUAUUAAACUAUGUUUGAAUUAAAUGAAGAAUUUGAUUUAGAUGAUGAAAUAUUUCUUAGUACUCAAAUUCUUCCUAACAAAUCAUCUGUUGUAAAAAUACCAAAUACAAAUUGUAUAUCUAGUCCUCAAUUUGAUCAAGAAGAAGAUGAUGAUUUAUUUAACAUAUCAAGUUCAGUUUAUGAAUUAAAUUCUACGCAACUUCAAAAUAAUGAAGUAAGUGAACAUAAUGAUGGAAAAAAUCACAAAAACUUGGGACAAGAUGCUGAAAAAGAAAGUAAAAAUCAAAUAAAUUCAUGUGUUAAAAAUCAUCAAUUUCAGUUGGAUGCAGAUUUUGACUCUGAUGAUGAGGCAUUUUUCAACUCAACAAAUGUACAAAUUGAGGCUUUGGAAAUACUAAAUUCUAAAUCAAAUAACAAUAUUACUGCAUUAAAAUCUUUUCAUACUAAAGAAAGUAAUAAAUCUAUUUGUCAUGAUUCAUUUAAUACAACUAUAUCAAGUGUAAAGACAAUGACGCCAAAAUGCAUUUCAAGAAAAUUUCCAGGACCAGCUGGUCUUUUAACUGAAAAAGAAGAUUUAAUAACUGAAGAUCCAUCAAAUUUAGAAUCAUUGGAUGCCUCAAUAAGCAUUACAGAAAAUGAAAAAAAUGAUGAAAAUUUAAAUUUGCCUUCAAAUGAAUCAUCUUUUUCUUCAACUCCAUAUCAACAGUUCCUAUUAGAUUUUUCUAAUACAGACAUAAAUAUUUUAUUAGAAAAAUACAAUGUUGCAUGGAUAAAACAAAAGCUUCUACCAUUCACAGCUUCAGGUAGAUUUUUUACAGAUAAGAUACCAUUUUUUGUCUCAGUUAUACAAGAAAUAGAUUGUUUGUCACCUGAUCCUUCUCUAAUUCUUGUUGAUAAAACUGGACUUAUUAAAGGAACGAUUCAUAGAGAUGUAUGGACUCAAUUUAGUAGUCAAUUGAAAAUUGGAACUAUUUUAGUUUUAUCCAAUGUCGGCGUAUCUUGUCAACGUAUUGUAAAGGGAUUUACUUUGAAUAUAACUAAUGAUCAUUUGAUUGCUAUGUAUAGCCAUUCUCCAGAUAAUUUUCAUGAAGUAGUUAUCACACGUAUGACAAGUCAAACAAAUGAAGAAAUAAUUAAUACAGCCAAGAGAUGGCAUUCGACCGAUUUGAACAAUUUAUAUAGAAAAGAAAGUUGUGAGGUCAGUGACAGACAGGUUGCUUUGAUCAACUUGAAAUUUCAUGAUACUUUAUCAAAUUCAGUUUCUGAUAAUCAACCUAAGACUAUUUUAAGUAAUGUUCCCCAAAAUUCUUCAAAUAGUAAAAGCUUCUUUACACCUAAAAUACCAGUGUCACAAAUAUUGUUUAAAAAUACUAGCAAUACACCUGAAGAGCCACCUGCUAAAAAAUUUAGAAAAGAUUUUUAUGAUAAUAAGUCUGAAGAUAAAAUAUUGGUCAACGAGGUAUCUGCAAUACAAAGCAUUUUUGAAGAAAUUGAUGAUGCAAUGUUUGGUGAUUUUUAUUGUUAAUUUCUAAAUAACUGUUAAGUAAUAUGUUUUUUUUCGAAGGUAUGUUCUAUAUUUUGUUUUAUUAAUUCAUUCAAAUAUGUUUGACCAGAGUUGUUUUUACCGCUAAAUUAUUGUAAUCAUUUUAAUAAAACAAUAUUGAUAGUAUAUACUUACUAUUUUGGUACUUGAACUAUCAUAAGCAUAGUUAUUUAUUUAUUUUUAAAUAAAAUAUAUUAUUUUAAUGUUA